UCAUUGCACACGUGACCCCGUUUUUUAUAUGGUGAUACAAGUAUCACUUCAACUUCACGGUUCACAGUAAUCAACAUUAGCGCCUAAGCAAAUAUUAUUACAACGUAGCAUUCCAAGUUUGUUUACCUUCAGUUAUUAUGUUUAUUUCAGGUUGUUAUGUUUAUUUCAGCAUUGUACUACAGAAGAGUUAUGAUUAACAUAAACUAUACUUUAGAAAUCUGGAAGGGAAUUUUAUUUCCUGACAUUGUGUCCCGUUGAAACAUGAAGCAGGCACUACGCGGCACACGAACUCUGCACGAGCACCUGGAGGAUCAUAAAUUCAAUCCGCAUGACUAUAUCGGCACGCUGCUGGGUCGCGGCGAUAUUCGGCACCGCCUGCAGGACAGCCGUCACGAGGCGGAGCAUGUCAAAUCCAUCGCCGUGCAGGGACUCAAAGAGAGCGCGUUCAGCUACCACGCUCAGAUCGUCAAAGCGGUCAAAGAGCUGAAAACGAUGCAGAACAGUUUAGAGGAACUGCGUGGAUUACUGGUGGAAGAACAGGGCGUACUGAGCCGCGCCAUGGAAGAGCCGAAAGCGUUGACAGACGAUAACAAGCAAAAGCUGACGGAGACAAAACGCUCUCGCUUCAUCACGCGCAAAAGUCUUUCUGGGCUCUUUAACAAAAUCGAUGGAUUCGGUGCUACAGGUUUAAAGGAUCGCGAACGGAUGCUUAUCGGCAGCAAGGAUGUCCGCGAAGUGGACAUGCACACGCUGGAGAAGCGGCAUAAUAUGAUUGCGCAUCUGUUUACGGACUGCAUCAUCCUGACAUUAUGGACGCCGCAUCAUGAAAAGCACGUGUACAUCCAGUACACCUUCGUCGACGUGAUUUAUUUCGACUUCAUCUCCGCAGUGGAGCCGUACAGCGCUCCUGCCGUCAAGAAACCGCAUCGGUUCUUCGAUUUUGGACAUUCCAACCAUAAAGAGCGCACCAGUCACCGCGUUCACUUCCCGUUCAUGGUGACCUUUCAUAAUGACCCAACAGCGCGGCUAUUCGACGUAGACAGCGCUCAUGAACGGGACGAAUGGAUAGCGUAUCUGAAAGAAUACGCUAGUCUUCUGCAAAACGACAAACCAAGGAAUCGCCGUCUGUCAACCAACUUAUCAGUGGUGCAUGAUUCCCUGGAGGACAUCCUCGACCGGCACCGUUCGUCCCUACAGAAUAUGCUGCCCGGUGAGCACGGUCUGGCGCAGUGGUACCGCGACGCACCGGUGGACAUUAACGACUACUGCGACACCAAGGAGUACGCACAGGCCAUCGAUUUAGUGCGGGAAGCGCAAGCGUACUGGCACAAGGAGAUCAGCUGGGAUGAGCGGAAGGAGGGACGCUAUUAUCACCGGAAAUGUCUGGAUGCGGAAGAGCGGCUGGUGGAGCAUUUGUUGGAGAAUUUCCGAUUUGCGUUAAACUGUCCGUUGGGUGUUGAUUGGGUGACGUGCGGGGAGAUUGUCGGGCAUUUGCGGGAACUGGGUCUUCUUUUUCAGGCCGUGUUGGUGUACCUUGAUUUCCGGACCUGGUUGUUGAAUCAAGCACUAGAGGUGGAAUUACGCGACGGGACUCCUGAUUUGUACGUACAAAAAAAGACCGUCGUAGUCCUACGACAAUUUGAAAUCGCCUCGACAGAGCUGAAGGAGCUGGAACUGGACAGAAGUCGACAGCAUCGAACCGCAUUUGUGGCAUGGAUACGAUACCACUGGAUCCGUUUCUGCACCGAUAUUCAGCAGUUCGUCUUCUGCCACCGUCUCAGCUUUGGUGAUGUCCAGCGGAAUGUGCAAUUUUUACGUCAGUCCGCCAAAGAUCUGGGCAGCAAAAUAGGAUUCGACAUCUCCCUGCAGUUGGAAGGUUGUUUGGCCGAGUCGGUAGCGCGUUGGCUGGAAAGCUGGAUUGAACGUAUGGGAACGCAUUUUAAGGAAGAAACAAAGGGAAAAUGUUGGUCAGUGGUGACCUUCGAAACGGACGCCGACCAGCAUGUCUUCAUCGAGCAAUGCAAACGCCAAGGUCUCGGUGACCUUUCGGAAUUUGUUGACGAUCAUCAGCUGCACAUUAUUGCCGAAGUUCUGCAUUAUGCGAAAGAGUAUUUGCAACUCUUUGACGCUAUCUUCGCCAUCUGCCAUCACGGAAUGCGGCGGCUGGCCAAGAAAUGUUUAGCGUUGGCACUAAGUCCGCUUUUGGAGAAUCUGCGAACUUUGUUGUCGGGUGAACUACCGGCCGAGUGCAACAUGACGCUGAUUCAAGGCAGCGUGCGAUACCUCAAUAAUAUUUUCAUCCCCAAUGUGGAAGCGGUGUUUCAUUCGAAGUAUGUGGGCUGCAGUUACUUGUUGUUUGUGGAAAAAGAAGCGCUGGAAGAUCUGUUGCGAAAGGUCAACGAGAGCCUGGCCACACAAUUCUACAAACGAAGCCAUAUUGCUCUGUAAUGGGCUUUGUGAUAUUAUAUCACAUAAUUCUUUCUCCCCACUGUAUUGCAAAGUCGACUAAAUGUUGUGGCUGUCUGUUAGAAUAUCUGCUAAAGCCAAAUGAUCUUGUGGUGAUUAAUUGUAUAUUUUUCACAAAGUGAAAACACUUCGCUGAAUAUAACCCUCUGGUA